AUGACAGAUGAGAUCGAUAAUCAAAACGAAUUGCCUCAGCAAUCACAGCAUUCAUGCUCUGUUAGAGAAGAAGAAAUAUCAAAGGUAACAACUGUAUCACAGCCGGAUGCUGAGUCUGAAAGCCACUUUGCUUCUGAUCCUGUAAUAGAUCAACUCAUAAAUGAAGCAACUAGUGAUAAUAUAAACAUCAAAUCAAUGGAGAAAAGGGAGACAGACGCUUUCUUAGAUGAAGUAACGAAGGACAAAAAAUCUCAAUCACAUAAGAAGAAGGAAGCAGAAAAUGUUAUACAAGAUGUGUUUGAUUUCACAGCCACUUCAGCACCUGAGAAAAAUCAUAUGACUGAAAUUUCCAUGACGGAAAAUUCACUUCCCGUCACUGAAAAUACCAAUGAGAAAAAUUCCAUAGUUAUACUAUCUGUAGUGAAAAGCAAACCAUUACUAAAUUUAGCCUGUUUAUAUCAGAAAGCUUGCGAUGCAGAAAAGCAAAGAAUUAAGGUCAAUCAAUAA